AUGAAGAACCACUUAGAUGGGAAAAGGGGCAGGGAGGCCAAGGAGGUAGCCAAAGAGCAUCAGAAGAGACAUGGCAGUCACAGAGGUGAGAGCAGAGCUGCAGCUGGAGAAGAGGAAGGAGAAGGACAGAUUGUAUAUGGAUUAGGAAAGGAGAAAGUGGGACUGAUUGCAAAAGGAUACUGGUGUGAGAAAUCCAAGGAAAGUCCUCCAGAUAUAAAAUGGAUGAAGAAGCACUGCCUUUUGUUACGGAGGGGAGCCACACGAGUAAACAAAAUACCGAAAAGCUGUUUAAAAGGAGUGAGUUGUAAAACUGGCUGCCACCCAGUGAAUGGAUUUUGUGAAUUUCCCAGUGAAUGCAGGUGUCAACCUGGCUGGCAGGGCGCUCUUUGUAAUCAGUGCGUGCCUUUCCCUGGCUGUUUGCACGGCAGCUGUGCCAAACCCUGGCAGUGUGUGUGCGAGGAGGGCUGGGUUGGCAGCCUCUGUGACAUAGACAUUCACCCAUGUUCUGCAAAGCCCUGCACCAAUAAUUCAACAUGCAUAGAGACUGGCGAUGGAGGAUAUAUUUGUUUGUGUGCCGAGGGAUUUACAGGAAAAAACUGCCAUCUCAGGAAAGGACCCUGCAUUAUUAAUGGUUCUCCCUGUCAGAAUGGAGGAACGUGCGUUGAUGACAAUGGUUUUGCACCGCAUGCUUCCUGUCUGUGCCCUUCUGGUUUUGCUGGCAAUUUCUGCGAAAUAGAUAUAGAUGACUGUGAAUCCAACCCAUGUGAAAAUGGAGGAACGUGUACAGAUAUUGGUGCGGGUUUUAGCUGUUUUUGCCCCCGUGGCUAUACAGGAAAGCUCUGUAGCAGCCGUGUCAUAUUCUGUGCAAGUGGCCCAUGUGAGAAUGGAGGAACAUGCAGUGAACAUCCCCAGGGAGGAUACAAAUGCAUCUGUAAGCCAGAAUUUGUUGGUGCAACCUGUAAGCAUCCCAGCAAAAACGCAAGUCUUCCUGGAGUGAAUACAGAGACAAAGAAUAUGCAGAAUUACAAUCCACACCCAAAAGCUCAUCACAAAUCAGUGCAACAAGAACAUCAAGUCCUGAAAAUAACAAUGAAAGAAACAAUCCAAAAUGCAGAUCCCUUGCUCAGUAAAAGUCAGGUCUGCAAAGAAGAGUGUUCUUCACCUGUGUCAUGGUGAGAAGUGAAAAGACAGCAUAUGUCACCUCAAAGAGUGCAACUGCUUCAGAAUCUUCAUUUCUGCUUUUUGUCUGUCAUAUUUCAAGGAGUGGACAAGGUUCACAAGAAUCCAAAGCAGCAUUGGCAGACAGGCAAAGGCUCAUGGAAGCCACAAAAUCAUCAGGGCCCUGAGGGCACCAAUAGGCCUUAAUGGUUCUGACCAGCCUCACCUGGGGCUUCCAUUCACAUCCCUGCUAAUGGGCCCCAGGCUGCAUUUCAGCUCAGCCUGGGGCCUUUAGUCCUUCCUGAGCUCUGCUGUAGGAGUGCUGGUCUCUAGCCUUGCCUUGUACAUGAACCUUGGACCCAUGCUGUAAGUAGCUUGUCUCCUGGCUGUUGUACAGUGUCUACAGUCCUGUUUCCAGCCUUGCCUCCUAGGUGGACCCAUGGCUGUUGCCUCCAGCCCUAUCGCUAGCCCCAAUGCCCUCUGUUCCUUACUGGAGCCCCUGGAUGGUCCCUGGACCCGGUUCAUCACUUGCUGUAUCUGGGACCAUUGGAGCCCCUCAGUGGUCCUUGGGCAUGGUUCAUCAUUUAUCAUGUCCAGGGCCAUCAAUGGACCCUGUUAGCAGCACCAUCUCUGCUUGUUAUGCUCAGCCCCUGCAGGACUGUAUCCCCAUGGUGAGGGCUUAGCCUGCACUGGAGUCACGUUGGCUCCCAGCUCUUCAUCCCCUUGCUCUCACUGCUCCCUGAAAAAGAAUUUGAUUUCAAUUGUGGUUCCUAAAGGUGUCUCUAGAUGCCAUUAAUUAACAACUUACUGCCCCAGCCACCCCAGACAGGAAUAUCUAGCAGCUGCUUCUUCUGUGCUGUCUGAUAACUAUGCUACUCCCAAAUCUAUUCAUGGUUGCUCAAAAAUAAAAAAGCUUUAAAGCACAUUCAGUUCAUUAUCCUAGAAUCCUUUUUGUUGACAUGUCUCUGAAUUGCUAUGAGUACA